GCUCCAUGGAUGCUCUGUGCCGUAGAAGUCUUAAUCGUGCUGCUUAUCUACUUCAUGGCCACGUCGAGGUCCCUGGUCAUACACCACCACCGCUUCUCUUUUACCCGGAGCUUGGAGGACAUCGUUGGGCUGUCUUGUACCCGCGCUGCAGUACUGAGCCUGGCCUAUGCUGUCGGGCAGCGCUCCGUGCACAGGCCGUAUCUGUAUGCCGCAUACCUGUUGGCGAUUGCAUGCAUCCCCUACAUCGCCAUGAAAACCAUGUUAUUCCGCUACGGGUCGGACAAAGUAGCGGCGGCUGCUAUCCUGGUGAUUACGGGGCUGAGCAGCGCGUGCCAUGUCUUGGCAGCCAGACGCACUGUGGACUGGGCUCGGCGGCGCUACCAGAUGGGUCUAGCGGGCUUUGGCAUGCCAUGGGAGGAGGGCGAGGACGCGUGGCUUGCAAUGCGGCGACCCGACUUGGAGGACCUGACUAAGACCAGCGAUGGCGGCGGCCCCGACGCAUCAGACGACGUCCCGGCGGAGAUGCUCGCCGAUGACGAUUCCAAGUUUUUGGAAUUGGAGCCGGGGCUCAAGGUGCAUUACAAGGAGGUGGCGCCACCAUCCACGGCAGCCACCAUCGCGGCUUCACCCUUCGGUGGGCCGGAUGGCGCCACAACGGGCAUUGUGCUCGUGCAUGGCUUUGGUGGUGGCGUAUUCUCCUGGCGCCAUAUCAUGGAGGCACUGGCAAUGCAAUGCCAUUGCAGGGUGAUUGCGUUUGACCGCCCGGCUUUCGGCCUGACAUCGCGGCCAAAGGCCACCGAGCAGAACAACCCUUACACGGUUUCAUCGCAGUCGCAGCUGCUGUUGCAGCUCUGCAGUGCCUUGCGGCUACGGCAGGUGGUACUGAUGGCUCAUGCGGACGGGUGCCUCGUGACACUCCGGGCGGCAGCCACAUCCGCCAGCUUCUAUCAACAACGGGGCAUGUACCUGCACCCACAGCAGCUCAUGGCACCGCAGCUUCCGGCGUAUGAAAUACCUCAUUACAUGACCUCGACCUUCUCCGUGGCACUUAAGGCCCCGGAGCGGGCCCGGACGGCGCCGUCGUCCUCCUCCUCGGACGACUCGCCGAAGCUCAUGCCAGAGGCGCCCGGCUCACCCCCUCCUGAGCAGCUCCUGUCGUCCUGUCACCAUGCGCAGCUGCUGCCGGCAGGUUCUGGUCAGGUUAGCCUUUUGCCCCAGGCGCUGUCCUCUGGGGGUGGAGGCGGUGGGGGCGCCCUGUCAGCGGCCGCCUUCGCAGCCGCUGGGAGCGGGGAUUUGGUCCUUCCGGCACCCGGGGUCCCCUCGCACCAAGUGUCGUCCGCGUCGAGCGGCCCUGUCAUCCUGGUGGCGGAGCCGGAGGUUUGCAGGAGCGUGGUCGCGGCUGAGGAGGUGGCGCGUGCGGGAGGCUCCGCCCAUCAGGGCGGAAUGGCGCAGGUCAGUGCCGGGGCCCGUGGGCGCCGGGAAUGGCCCAUGCCGCGGGUGCUAGGGCUGGUGCUGCUACACCCCAACCUCAGUGGCGUCAUGGGCCCGACCUUCUUCCGCAUCCUAGCGCGCUCCAAGCUAGGCAGGUCCAUCCUGAGGCCACUGCUGCGUAGUGAGGUGGGCGAGGUGGCCAACCGCCGCGCCUGGCACAACACCGACAAGCUCACUAGCGAGGUGCUGGAGCUUUACAAGACGCCCCUGCGGGUGGAGGGCUGGGACGCAGCACUAAUCGAGACGACUAGACAGCGACGGGAGUCCUGUCAGGGCGACCUGCCCUCUUACUGCAGCAGCGUUGAGUCCAUCCCGACGCUGAUAGCAACAGGUGAGCACGACCGCAUUGUGCCGCCCAGCAAGUCGGAGAGUCUGGGGACAGAGCUGCCUCACGCCCAUCUAGCAGUGCUCCACGACUGCGGCCACCUGUCUCACGAGGAGGCCCCCACUGCGUUGCUUGAGCACCUGGUGCCCUUCUGCGGCGAGGUUCUCUGCCACUCGUACACGUACGCGGCAGGCGGCAGGCCUCAUAUGACGUGGGCGCCGUACGUUGCCGUCUGCUUGGCGCCUGGCACCUCGCUACUUCGUGCUUGUUGA